AUGGCUGCCGUUGACUCUGAUCAUGCUCUCACGGGCGACGAGACUUCCGAUGACGAGGUCGUCGAGUCUUUGAUUGCUGGCCGCGAAAAGCGCAGCACCGCCGGCAGAAACAUGUCCUCGCUUCUGGAUGCUGCCGCCGAUGAUGAUCUCACGUUGCUGUUCGCGGAAGACGAGAACGACAAUGAAUUUGACGAGGUUGAAGGUGCUGAAGGGGAGGCGGAAGAGAUGUCAUCUUCUGAGGACGAAGAUGACCAAGGUCCCAAUACUGCUGAUGACGAUUUGGAAGGCGAAAAGGAGCUGGAGAAGCAGGCAAAGGCAGAUCGAAAGAAACGCAAGGCUCAAGAAUCGCUAAGGCUCACUGCGUUGCGAAAGAAGGUCAAAAUCGAUCCCACCAUUGCGUCUAGUGUGCCGUCCGCCGUGUCUCGGCCCAAAAAGAAAUCUGAACGAAUAUCAUGGCUACCUACACCCGAAGAAGGUCCCGUGCGAUCGUCCUCUCGUCGACAGACUAUGCAAAAUAAGGAAAUGACACAUGCGAGGCUGAAGGAUAGUGAACAAAGACGUAUCAAGCUUAUAGCAACGAUGGAGCAGGCUGCUAAGAGGAAAGAACGCAUGAAGCCUAAAGUGAUGACGCAGGAGGAACGUCUAGCAGAGGCAGAAAAGAUUGAACGCAUGAACAGUAAGAGUCUCAAUCGCUGGGAGGAGAUGGAAAAGAAGAAGGCAGAGGAACGGAAGGCCAAGCUAGAAGCUCUUCAAAACCGUCGUUUGGAGGGGCCUGUCAUGUCUUGGUGGAGUGGUGUCGCCAAAUGGGUUAAUGGGAAGCUAGUACGCGUGGGAAAUGUCGAAGUGAAGCCAAAAUCCGAUAAAGAGGAGACAGAAAAGAAGAAGAAGACGAAAGACGCGGCAAAUCAGGAUGCAUCAAAGACAGAUAAGAAAGCAGAACAGACUACGGAUAAUCCAGCUGUUGAGGGUAUAGCGUUACAACCUCCUGCGGUCAAUGGCAUUGAAAAUGUGCCAAAGGCCGGAGCAGAUGCCGUGCUGGAACCAAAUUCAAAUGGAAAAGGGUCGGGUAGUAAUGGUUUUCUGGACGGUAUCCACAACUAUGUAUCCCUUCCAGCAUCGCCUGCCCCUGAGAAGGAUCAGCCGGAAAACAAAUCAUCAGAACCAAAAACUGUUACUUCCGAGGCCCAGUCCUCUCCUAAGCCUGAAGGAACAGGCAGUACCUCUCAAGAAUUGCAAGAUCGGGCACCGAGAAACCCUCAACCAGAGUCAAAGUCUGCCGAUACCGCAGCCGAAGGAAGAAAUCAGACGCCUCAAGAGGAAACAGAGCCAACUUCCAACACGCUUCCUACCGCAGAAAACAAAAUAGUAGAGGAAGCACAAGAGGUUACCUCUAGUGAAACAAAACCAGUUGGGUCUGCUGGUUCUGCUGAACCCGCAAUGGAGACAACUACUUCGACCGACUCUGUACAACAGCCGGCAAUCGCCCCUUCAUUAAACGUGGCUACUAUUGAAGCAUCAGAAAUGGAAAUUGAUCAACCAUUACUCUCUACUGAUCCAACGCCAGAGCAUGAGUCCAACCUACCGCCGCAGCCGGAAGUGAUUGAACAUACUGGCAGGAAUUUAUUAGUAUUGGAGAACUUUGACAAUGCGACCACCCAAAGUCGCCAGUAUAGUAUUUACUUCAAUUCGAAGAAACCUCCACGUCUCGCCAAAAUUUCUUCCCACCUUUGCCCAAUCACCUCGCAACCUUCGCGGUAUCGUGAUUGUGAAACUGGACUACCAUUCGCAAGCGCUCUCGCCUAUCGCGAAAUACGUAACUUGACCGAGCAAAAGUACAUCUGGAGCGCUAUGCUCGGUUGUUAUAUUGGACCCCCAACUGUAGCCGCGAAAGGCGUUCCUGAGCAAUUUCUGACCGGAGUUAAGCCGGAAAAGAAGGACCAAGAUAAUAACGAGCAAACCACUCGUGCUGGCAAGGAAAAUGAGAAUUCGGGUGUGGCUGUUGUUGCGGAUGGUGAGCCCAUGGAUGUUGACAAGAGUUGA